AUGGAGGGAAGGAUGAAUGUGUCAGGCAAUCAUACAAAACAUCAUCAUUCAACAUUCUUCAUAACUAUGGAGGAUUCUAACUGGGUCUUGACUUCGGCUUUCAUUAUAUUCACCAUGCAAACAGGUUUUGGGCUUCUGGAGUCAGGAUGUGUAUCUUCAAAAAACGAAGUAAACAUCAUGAUGAAGAAUGUGGUUGACAUUUUCUUGGGAGGAGCUACUUAUUGGUUGUUUGGAUUUGGACUGCAGUUUGGACAUGGACCCCACUCCAACGCUUUGCUCGGGAUCGGAAACUUUGCAACUGAUGCAGACAUAGAGGAAGAGGCCAUGGGAGCAAUAUUUACGUCAUUCAUUUUCCAGCUGUCUUUUGCUACCACUGCCACCACAAUAGUAUCUGGUGCAAUGGCAGAAAGAUGCAGCUUCAAGGCCUACUGUGUGUUUUCCUUUCUGAACACUGUGGUAUAUUGCGUGCCUGCAGGAUGGGUCUGGAGAGAUAAUGGAUUCCUCAACGUCCUUGGAGCAAUAGACAUCGCUGGCUCAGGAUGUGUACAUCUCAUAGGGGGAACCUCAGCGUUUGCAUCGGCAAUGAUGCUGGGUCCCCGGCUCGGAAGGUAUACCAACGGUAUCAAACCUUUACCUCUUGGAACUCCAGUGAACUGUGCCAUGGGUCUCUUUGUGCUCUGGUGGGGCUGGUUGGCAUUCAAUUCUGGCAGCACUUAUGGGGUGAGUGGUGCUAAGUGGAUGUAUGCUGCAAAGGCUGCAGUGAUGACGAUGCUUUCCUCCUUCGGGGGUGGGACUGUUGGACUCUUCUACUCUGCUUACACCAACAAAGGAUACCUUGAAAUCAUGGAUAUGAUAAACAGUGUUCUGGCAGCACUAGUAUCUGUUACAGGAGGAUGUUUCUUGUAUACCGCCUGGGAAGCCAUCCUUAUUGGCUGCAUUGGAGGAAUCUUGUCCUGUGCCACAAUGCCCUUGUUUGAUAAAAUAGGUAUUGAUGAUCCGGUUGGGGCAUCAUCUGUUCACGGCAUCUGUGGUGUCUGGGGUAUUCUUGCAGUCGGCCUGUUUGCCAAAGAUCCAUAUCCUCUUCUAACAACUCGAGGAAGGAAUGGUUUACUAAGAGGGGGAGGAAUGUAUUUGUUGGGGGUGCAGCUGCUGACUUGUAUUAGUCUAAUAACUUGGAGUUUCAGCUCAACAGUUCUUCUUCUGUGGGUGAUAAAUAAGAUGACUCCGAUUCGUCUGGAGCCCCAUGCGGAACUGUUAGGCGCAGACUUGACAGUUCACAGGAUCAAACAUCAGGAACCGGGAGUCAACUACGCACUCCGGGUUCUUCUCUCCCUUCAUCCAAACAUUGUGGACACAAACGACCUCUGCAUCAUAGGAAGCAACCCUGGACAUGAAGCUUUUCUUAGGGACUACUUACAGCAACACAACAAAGAAACCUUUCCUAAAAACAAAAUUAGCUUGGUAGAAGAGAAACUUUCUUAUGUACCUCAGUACGCUUGGAUUGACUAA